GUUGCAGUUAAACCCAAAGGAGAACGGAGACCUGCUGCUCUGAACCUGGUUCUGUUUGGUCCCAGUGACCCACUGAAGGCGUCAGCAGCCAGAGCCAUUCUAGGUCAUGAGGAUCUUCCUUCACAGCGUGUCAGAAAGCAGGGAGAGGCGUUUGGACGUCAGGUUUCUCUGGUGGAGCUGCCUGCCUUGGGUGGAAAAGCUCAGCAGGAAGUGAUGGAGGAAUCCUUCAGGUGUGUCUCCCUCUGUGACCCUGAGGGUGUCCACGCCUUCAUCCUGGUCCUACCUGUGGGUCCCCUCACUGAUGAAGACAAGGGAGAGUUACACACCAUCCAGGACACAUUCAGCUCCAGAGUCAAUGACUUCACCAUCAUCCUCUUCACCACAGAUCCUGAACAUCCUGAUGUUGGUAACUUUAUAGAGAACAAGGACAUCCAGGAUCUCCUCCAGAUCUGUGGAGGAAGAUAUUUAGUUCUGAACAUCAGAGACAGGCGGCAGAUCAGAGGACUGAUGGAGACGGUGGAGAGAAACAGAGAGAAACUGUUCAGUUACACAACUAAAACAUUAUUAUGGGGCCAAAUGGAGGAAAAACUGCAGCUACAGAAUAAACUGAAGCAGUUUGAGUCAAAGACACCAGUUACAGAUCCUGAGCAGAUCCCGAUAUCCGAUUGUCUCCGGAUCGUUCUGAUCGGGAAAACCGGCGGUGGGAAGAGUUCAUCAGGAAACACCAUCCUGGGCAGGAAACUGUUUGAAGCUAAAGCGUCUCAGCAGUCGGUCACUAGAAACUGUCAGAAAGCUCAGACUGAGAUCGGAGGUCGUUCUGUCGUUGUGGUCGACACUCCUGGUCUGUUUGACAACACGCUGACCCCCGACCAGGUGGAUGAGGAGCUGCUGAAGUGCAUGAGCCUGCUGGCCCCGGGGCCACACGUCUUCCUGCUCGUGAUGCAGGUCGGCAGAUUCACAGAGGAGGAGAAACAAACUUUAAAAAAAAUGAAGAACAUUUUUGGUAAAAACUCUGAAGAUUUUACCCUCAUCCUGUUCACUGGAGGAGACAAACUGAAGUAUGAGGACAAAACGAUAGAACAAUACCUUAGUGAGGGACGUGAUGAAUCCUUUAUGAAGGUGAUCAACGACUGUGGAGGAGGAUAUCAUGUUUUUAAUAACUAUGAUAAACAGAACCGAUCACAAACCAAUGAACUGAUCCAGAAGAUCAACAAGAUGGUGGAGAAGAACAAAGGAAAAUGUUUCACCAGCGAGAUGCUGCAGGAGGCAGAAGCUGCUAUACAGAGAGAGGUGAGGAGGAUCCUGGAGGAGAAAGAAGGAGAAAUGAAGAGACUGAGGGAGGAACUACAGAAGAAACACGAAGAAGAAACAGAAUCACUGAGAAGAAAAAUGGAAGAACAGAGAGAAGAGAUGGAAAAAGAGAGAAAACAGAGAGAGCAACAAUUUAAAGAGAUGGAAGAAAACAACAGUAAGGAGCGAGAGCAGAAAGAGAGAGAACAGAGAGAAAGAGAAAAGGAAGAGAAGAAAAGAAAAGAGGAGGAAGAACGACAACAACAUCAGUGGGAGGAAGCACGACAAGAUUUAGAGAAAAUGAUCAAACGGGAAUCAGAAGAAAAGGAAACAAUCGACAGAAAACUGGAAGAGAUGAGAAAAAAGAUGGAGGACAAACGAGACGCCUGGGAGACGGAAAGAAAGGAGUGGUGGGAAAAACGACACCAAGAAGACGGAGAGAGACGAGAAGAACUGAAGAGACUUCACGAGAAAUAUGAGAAAGAGAGAGAGAAAUAUGAAAACCAGAGAAGAGAAGAUGAGGAGAGGAGGAGAGAAGUGGAGAAGGAGAGGAAAGAACUAGAGGGAAAAUAUCAGAAACAACUGGAGGAAGUAAAGAGGAAGUUUGAGGAGGAAGCCAGAAAACAAGCAGAAGAAUUUAAUGAGUUCAAACAAAAAUACAAGAAAAAGUUUUGUGCUUUUCUGCAAAAACAUGAAGAGGAAAGAAAAUCUAUGGAGGAAAAACAGCAGAAAGAAAUCAGAGAAAAACCUAAAGUGAAACAACUAAACAGAUGAAACAUGUUUAUGAUAAAUGUGAUUAAAAUAAAAACAAAAAGCAAAAGAUGUCAGAAAAACAACACAGUGUGACGCAUCACAACUUCCUGAAGAUCUUUGGUUUCAGUAAAGUUGAUCAAACUAUUUUAGUUUCUUUAGAUCUUUACAUUUAUUUUAAUCAAAGUGAACUUUGUUUCAAGCAUUGUUCUUUAU